AUGUCCUUCACCGGAGCUCCGUCACCACCCGGCGUUACCGCCUCAACGACCACCGUACUGAAACAAUUCUUCUGCCACCGAUGCAACCACGCAGUCUCGAUAACUAUCUCCCCCUCCGAUGACCCGUUUUGCCCAAUUUGCCAUGAUAGCUUCAUUGAAGAACUUGAAACCCAAAACCCGAAUCCAUUCUCCGACUCGUUUUUCAACGAUCCUUUUGAUCCCUUCUCUUCCCUCUUCCCUCUACUCUUCCAAAACUCCGGUAAUUUCUCUCAUCCUGAAUUUUCAACCCGACCCGAAUUCUCUGACCCGAAUGCGUUUAACCCCCUUGAUUUCCUCCGUUCUCACCUCCAAAACCUACAUUCUGGUGGUGCUCGGGUCCAGUUCGUGAUUGAGAACAAUGGGGACGAACCAGGUCUUCGACUCCCAGGUGGUAAUUUUGGUGAUUAUUUUAUUGGAUCGGGUUUGGAGCAACUGAUCCAACAGCUGGCUGAGAAUGACCCGAAUAGGUAUGGGACGCCACCCGCGUCGAAAAGGGCUAUUGAUGCGUUGCCAACGAUGAAGGUUACUGAGGAGAUGAUGAAAUCAGAGAUGAAUAAUCAAUGUGCUGUGUGUAAAGAUGAGUUUGAGAGAGGAGGAGAAGUCAAAGGGAUGCCUUGUAAACAUGUGUUUCACGAGGAUUGUAUAAUGCCUUGGUUGAAGAUGCAUAAUUCUUGUCCGGUUUGUCGGUAUGAGUUGCCUACUGAUGAUCCUGAUUAUGAGAAUAGAGCCCAUGGAGCGCAAGGGGGCGGUGAGGGUACUGGUGGAGGUGUGGAGAGAAGGUUUACUAUUUCCAUUCCAUGGGCUUUUGGUGGAAGUGGUGGUGGUGGGCAAAGCAGUUCUUGA